AUGCCACAGGAGAGGCUGAGCAGCUUGGGAGAAACAACACUGGGCCCUGAGUGGCUACAGCGAGGAAUUCGCAGUCCGAAGUCUGAGAGCGACAAGCUCGCUGAGACCUACAGGUAUGCACGGGAUCAGCUCCUGCUUCUGCAGAGCUCGAUGCAGCUCCCUGCCGCGCCGCGCCAAUCCAAUGGCCGGCCGGUGCCCACAGCUGAGCUGCAGCCUGUGCCCAAAUAUCCAGUCUUCGGUGCGAUGACCAAGGAGAAUUUGGUGUCUGAGGGGGUCUUGCCUGCUUCAUCCCUCGAGGACAAGGCGGUUGCUGGGACGCUGCGGGGCCGAGGUAACGAAGGCCGUGGUCGUGUCGGCAAGGGCCAGGGUCGGAAAGGUCGCGGCGACGAGGAUCCGGAUUUGCAGAUCGAGGCUGCUUCGCCGGCGCAGGACUUCACCUCGCCCGCGCUGGGACCUACUUCGCCGGCCCCGCUGGAGCUACCGGAGGCUCCAGGCACGCCAGGAGAGGUUGAGGAGGGCACGGGGAAGAAUCCCAUGAACAGCUUCUUGGCACGGGUGCUGAAGAACAAGCAGAAUGAGGCGGCGGCGGCGGCGGCGGCCGAGCCUCCACCUGUGCUGCCGCCGGCUGUUGCGCUAGAGUGGGCGACUCAGCCGGCAGAUACUGAUGGCGAUGCAAGCGACACGUCGGCAAGGUCUGUGCCGGAGUUCCCGAGAUCUGUGCCGGAGUUUCAGGCACCUCUGGUCUCCCCGGUGUCGCGGCCGCCGGUUCCCAUGGAGCGGCCGCCACCACCGCCUGGCGGUGGCAUCGAGGAGCUCCGGGAGGGGCUGGCGGAUGGAUGGCUGGACCGGCCGGAGCGAGAGCUGCGGCCUGGGCCGCUUCCGGCCACAUCUCCUCCCCGGCAUCCACUAGGUCCCUUGAGUCCGUUGCUGAGCGCGGAGCCCUUUCCAGAGCCGCUGCUUUCGCCACAGAGGGCUUCGGUGAACCUGGCCAACGCGUUGGCACGUGAAUUCACAGGGCCCGAUCCUGUGGUCGCGCCUCCCAGCGCCCCGAUGAGUGCCAUGACUGCGAUGUCUGCACCCGGGAAUGCGCCACAGGCUCUCCAGCCUGGUCGUGUCACAGCACCCCCGCCCAAACAGCAGGCGCCCAUGCGAGAGGAGCCUCUGCCAAUGACGAAGCCGGCCGCAGUCGUCCGGGCAGAAGAGGAGGAGAUCUUUCAGAAGGAGCGGUGCUGGUACUACAAAGACCCCAGCCAGAGAAUUCAGGGUCCCUUCACCACCAGCCAAAUGCAGCAUUGGCAACAGGUUGGCUAUUUCAAGCCAGAGCUCCCCAUCAGGUUCAGAGAGUCUGGCAACUUCUACCGGUUGGAUCUGCUCUACCCCGAGGCGCCCUUCUCGCAGCUGCCGGCCAUACCGGACCGGGGGCCGGUGGUGGAUCCUCGUGCGCAGCUGCCAAGCCCGCCGACUCCGGCGAUGGCGCCGAAUCCAUCGAUGGUGCCGGAGAUGACGCUGCACUUCUUCUCCAUCGAUGGGCAGAAGCUGAGCAUGCGAGUGCCGGACUGGAGCGGCAGUCAGCUGGUCUACGCGCUCCACCGCCAAUUGCCCAGGAAGCCCGGGACGGCGCUGAGCGUGCUCUUCAAUGACAAGCAGCUGGAGCCGAAGGCAACUCUCUCCGCGCAGGGCAUCCAGGAGGAUUCGGAACUGUCUUUGGUGUUUGAAGCCAAGACUGUGUGCCAGGCUUGCCGCGUCUUCGGCGGCCUUGCCCGCGACAACUCGUGCUGGAACAGCCUCGAGGGAUUGACCAAGCUCCAUUUGGGCAAGAAUCUGGAUGGCAGUGUCGACAGCUUGAACCUCCCAAGCAGCUUGCAGGUGCUGAGCUUCGGGGAUCAGUUCAACCAGAGCCUGGGCCGCUUCAGAGCGCCCAGCGCGCUGCAGGUCUUGGCCUUCGGCCACGACUUCAGCCAAAGCCUCAAAGGCGUGGAGCUGCCGGAGACCUUAAGGUCCCUGUCCUUCGGCCCGUUCUUCAACCAGCCGCUGGAUGUGAAGCUGCCCAGCGGCCUGAAGAACCUGGCGCUGGGGGGCUUCAACCGGAGUCUGCAGAUGGAGUGGCGGAUCCCAUUUCCCUUGGCCAAGAAAGCUUCCCAGGAGCUGCCGGAUGGCCUGGAGAACCUGGUCUUCGGCACCUGGUUCAACCAGAGUUUGGAGGGCGUGCGCCUGCCCAGCCAGCUGCAGGUCUUGACCUUUGGGGCCGAGUUCAACCGGAGCCUGGACAAGGUGAGCUUGCCGUAUAACCUGGAGAUCCUGCGGUUCGGGGGGAACUUUAACCAGAAGCUGCCCCGAUGCUUGCCGGUGGCUCUGCAGAGCCUGGCCUUGGGCUAUGAGUAUCAGCAGAGCUUCGAGAAAGUGAGCUGGAGCCCCAACCUGAAGACCUUGGUCCUGGGCGGCAACUACCGGAAGCUGAUCAGCAUGGACAGCCUGCUGAACCGGCUGCAGGGCGUCUUCAACUUCGGCCUAUCCCACGGAUGCAACGACCAGCACAAGCACUUGCCUCAGACCUUGGAGUCCUUGAGCCUGGGCCACGACUUCAACGAGAGCUUGCGGCAGGUGAAGUUGCCCAAAGGCUUGGUGAGCCUCACCUUGGGGGCGAAGUUCAAUCAGAUCCUCGACGCAGAUUGGCCCAGCAGCCUCCAGUCCCUGACUUUGGGCCACUGCUUCAACCGCUCUCUGCAGCCCUGCUGUCGGAUCACCCGCCUUCAAAGCCUGACUCUGGGUGAGAACUUCAACCAGAGCCUCCAGGGCGUGGAGUUCCCGGCCGGCCUGCAGCACCUGAGCUUCGGCCGGGAUUUCGACCAGGACCUCAGCGGCGUGGAGUUCCCGCCCGGCCUCGAGAGCCUGAGCUUCGGCGCCAAGUUCAACCGACCUCUCAGCACCGUAGAGCUGCCGGAGAGCCUGGAGGAGCUCAGCUUUGAGGACGAGUUCAACCAGAGCUUGUCGGGCCUUGAGCUGCCGAAGUUGCGGACCUUGAGCUUCGGGGCCAUGUACAACCAGGGCCUCAGCUUGGCCCUGCCGAGCCUCCGCAGCCUGAGCUUCGGCCGCGAAUUCAACCGGAGUUUGGAGGAUGCGCAGUUGCCGGAGGGCCUGGAGUCGCUCAAGUUUGGCCAGAAGUUCAACCAGAGCCUGGAUGGGGUGAAGCUGCCCGCGGGGCUGCAGACGCUGACCUUCGGCUUCGGCUUCAACCGCAGCCUGGCGCAGGUGGAGCUGCCGCCGCUCCGCGCGCUGAGGUUCGGCGUGAUGUUCAGCCACUGGGGCACCGUUCGCUUCCCGGAGACUCUGCAGAGCCUGACCUUUGAGAGCAAGCGCUAUGCGGGCUGGGAGCAGCUGAAGUUGCCGGAUGGCCUGACGCACUUGAACUUCCUGCACCUGGACUUCAAGAUGAUCGUGAAGCUGGUGACGCUGCCCCGCAACCUCCGGCAGCUCUAUUGCCAGGAUACCUUGAUCAGCUCUGAGCCCCACGUCGAAUAGAAUUCGUAAAGUAGGGAAGUCCCAGCCACCGCCCAUCAGCUGCGGUUUGUUGUGACUGCUUGGACUCCCAGCCUGCACGGCCGGAAAACACGGCCCCCGGGCAGCGUGGCUCUCGGUCUGUCAGCCCGUCGCGCCCGAAUUCGACUCCGCCAAUUCGCGUGGCCCUGGAACGGCGGGUCCGGGUCCGGUCCAUGCGCAUGUAAACUUGUAAUCCCAAAGUUCUCGCACCGCGAGUGGAAUGCAUAGCACCCCGUCUCUGGAGG